AUGAAAUUAUCUUCGAAAGUCAUUUUAGCAAUCCUUGCCGCUUGUGUCUCACACUCCAAUGGUUAUGUCGAGGUUCCAGGUACUAACUACUUGGGACAGGGUUAUUGCAGAAAUGCCGACACCGAGGGCGAGGGUGCCUAUCCAGGCUAUCAUGACUAUACCCAAAUAUUGGGUGGUCAAACCGCGCUUUCCUGCGAUGGGAUUUGCCGAAACAACAACAAAUUGGGUGGAUUGCGAGGGUUUACCCUUUCUGGCUCCGAUUGUUUUUGCUUCUACGACGAUGGCACAUCUCCAGGAGAGUACUUGGGAAACUGUCCAGCACCCUUUUUUAGUUGCGGUACACAUUGGACAGGUACCGGCGACCUCGCAAUAACAGACGAUAGUAUGAUUGGGGGGUGCUACGAAUACACUACUUUUCCUGUUCCUGCUACGUUCACAAGCGAAAGCACUGGCGAUCCUCAUUUCCGCACCGGGAAGAACGAGCACUUUGAGUUUCACGGACAGUGCGAUCUUGUCAUGACCAAGGUCAAGAACUUUGCCAACAAGGAAGGCGUCGACCUUGAGAUCCACCUCCGUACGAACAUGGUUCGGUCCUGGAGCUAUAUCAAGACUGCCGCCAUUCGCAUCGGCAAUGAUAUCCUCGAGGUCCAAGGAUCAGCUGCCAAGGAAGACGGCAUCGACAAGCGUCACUACCACAUCAACUUUGAGCACCUUGGACCUCUCACCCAUCUUGGUGGCUACCCAGUCACCAUUAGCCCGCGCAACAACAAGUAUACCAUUGAUCUUGACAAAGAUUAUCCAGGUCAAAGCAUCGAAAUCAAGACCUUUAAGGAGUUUGUGGGUGUCAAGAUCAUUGGUGCUACCGAGGAGUCCUUUGGAAAUGCCAUUGGUAUCACUGGUGAUUUCAACACUGGAAACACCUAUGGCCGUGAUGGCAGUACCGUCUUGCAUGAUUUCAACGAGCUCGGCCUUGAGUGGCAGGUUUUGCCAUCCGAUGGCAAAUUGUUCCAUGAGAUUGCCAAGCCUCAGUUUCCAGAGUUGUGCUACCUUCCGGAAGAUCCCCGCGGCGAACGUGCUCGUCGCUUGGCCGAGUCGGAUAUCACCGAAGAAGCUGCCGAAGCUGCUUGCGCCAGCCUCAAGGAUGACUUCGAUCGCAAGGGAUGCGUCUAUGAUAUCUUGGCCACUCAAGAUUUGGAUAUGGUCGGGGCCUACUAA